AUGCCACAUGGAAAGGAUGAGAGCUGCACCCUGCUCCUGCUCCUCUCCAUCCUCCUCCCCUCCGCUGUGGGUCACCUUUUCCCCCGAUUCUCCCGCAACGAUACGCUCUUCCAACACCUGACCCUGCACCCUGACCCCUCAGUGGGCACGGUGUAUGUGGGGGCCCGAGACCACCUCUUCCAGCUGGACGGGCUCGGAGGGCUGCGGCUGGAGGAGGAGGAGACCACCGGCCCCGUCAGCGAUGGCAAAGACUGCUUCCCCCCCAUCACCGAGGCCAGCUGCCCGCACGCUCGCACAACCAGCAACUACAACAAACUCCUCCUGCUGGACCCGUACGCUCGCCAGCUCAUCACGUGUGGGAGCGUCCACCAAGGCACGUGCCAAAAGCGAAGUCUGGCAUCCAUCAAAAAAACCCUCUUCUUCACCGAAAGGCCAGUGGACACUCAACACGUGGCGGCCAACGACCAGCACGUGUCCACGGUGGGGCUUGUGGUGCGGCCUCACGCGGGGGACAGGACUGUGAUGUACGUGGGGAGGGGGUACACGGCCAACCACCCGCCCAUAUCCACACGCCACCUGUCCUCGGAGCCCGUGUUCUCCUACGAAGAGACAGCCAAGCUGGCGGUGGCGGGGCGGCUGGCGGAGUAUGACCACCAUUUUGUGUCCGUGUUUACCUGGCGCACCUACGUCUACUUCCUGUUUUACCGGCGGGAUAUACAGGCAGGGUCCAGGGAGUACCGGACAUUCGCCGCCAGGGUCUGUCUGGACGAUACUUCAUACUACUCCUAUGUGGAAGUCCCGCUGGUUUGCAAGUCGCCGUCUUCGUCCGUGACAGAAAAGUACUACAACCGUCUCCAAGCUGCGCAGGUGGGUCGUGGGACCGGCAGAACGGGGGAGCACCUGUUGGGGGUCUUCUCCUCGCCCCUGAGCCCCUCUCACCCCAGCGCCUCGGACCCCUCUGCUCUAUGUGUCUAUUCCCUGGAGGAGCUGGACCGCCACAUCGACUCCACUCGCAACCUGUGCUACACCCAGGACGGGCGCACGGGCAGCGGGCUCGAGGUGGCCUACAUCGAGUAUGAGGUGAAGUCCAGCUGUGCCAACCUGCCCCUGAACACUCUGAAGGCGUACCCCUGCGGCUCGGACCACACCCCCAGCCCCAUGGCCAGCCGCUCCCCUCUGGAGGCCCGCGCCGCCUGGACCAGCCCCUCCUCACGUCUCACUGCGGUGGCCGUCAGUGUCAGAGAAGGACACAGCAUCGCCUUCGUGGGAGACGCCCGCGGAGCACUGAGCAAGGUGUAUCUGGGACAGAAUGGGGAGGUGGAAGUCUACGCCAGUACAGUCAUUCAAGCCAAUUCUGCCAUCAGCGGUGACCUCCUGCUGGACCACAGUGGAGCACACGUCUACAUCAUGACUCAGAAUGCUGUUGAGAAGCGGCCAGUGGCUGAAUGUGGAGAACACACAGACUGUCAGUCCUGCCUGUCCACCAGAGACCCAUACUGUGGCUGGUGCGUGCUGGAGGGCCGGUGUGGCCAGCGCGGUGAGUGUCAGCGUGGAUCUGCGCACGGCCACUGGCUCUGGAGCUUCAACCAAACCCAACAGUGUCUCGGCAUCCAGCAGCUCAGCCUCUACAACAUCAGCCGAGGAGAAAAGACAGAGCUGACAGAGAACCUGACAGAGAACCUGACAGAGAACCUGACAGAGAACCUGACAGAGAACCUGACAGAGAACCUGACCGAGAACCUGACCGAGAACCUGACCGAGAACCUGACCGAGAACCUGACCGAGAACCUGACCGAGAACCUGACCGAGAACCUGACCGAGAACCUGACCGAGAACCUGACCGAGAACCUGACCGAGAACCUGACCGAGAACCUGACCGAGAACCUGACAGAGAACCUGACCGAGAACCUGACCGAGAACCUGACCGAGAACCUGACCGAGAACCUGACCGAGAACCUGACCGAGAACCUGACCGAGAACCUGACCGAGAACCUGACCGAGAACCUGACAGAGAACCUGACAGAGAACCUGACCGAGAACCUGACCGAGAACCUGACCGAGAACCUGACCGAGAACCUGACAGAGAACCUGACAGAGAACCUGACAGAGAACCUGACAGAGAACCUGACAGAGAACCUGACCGAGAACCUGACCGAGAACCUGACCGAGAACCUGACCGAGAACCUGACAGAGAACCUGACAGAGAACCUGACCGAGAACCUGACAGAGAACCUGACAGAGAACCUGACAGAGAACCUGACCGAGAACCUGACCGAGAACCUGACCGAGAACCUGACCGAGAACCUGACGGAGAACCUGACGGAGAACCUGACGGAGAACCUGACGGAGAACCUGACGGAGAACCUGACGGAGAACCUGACGGAGAACCUGACCGAGAACCUGACCGAGAACCUGACCGAGAACCUGACCGAGAACCUGACAGAGAACCUGACAGAGAACCUGACCGAGAACCUGACCGAGAACCUGACCGAGAACCUGACCGAGAACCUGACCGAGAACCUGACCGAGAACCUGACAGAGAACCUGACAGAGAACCUGACCGAGAACCUGACCGAGAACCUGACCGAGAACCUGACGGAGAACCUGACGGAGAACCUGACCGAGAACCUGACAGAGAACCUGACAGAGAACCUGACAGAGAACCUGACCGAGAACCUGACCGAGAACCUGACCGAGAACCUGACCGAGAACCUGACCGAGAACCUGACCGAGAACCUGACCGAGAACCUGACCGAGAACCUGACAGAGAACCUGACCGAGAACCUGACCGAGAACCUGACAGAGAACCUGACCGAGAACCUGACGGAGAACCUGACCGAGAACCUGACCGAGAACCUGACAGAGAACCUGACAGAGAACCUGACAGAGAACCUGACCGAGAACCUGACCGAGAACCUGACCGAGAACCUGACAGCUUUUAUGAAGGUAACAGUGUCUGUAGAAGGCCUCCCAAGUCUCACCAAAGAAGAAGCUUAUUCCUGCUUCUUCCACAACACGGAGUCCCCUGCCGUCCUCACCAACAGCGGAGUGGUGUGUUCUACUCCGAGCGGGGACAAGCUGCCUCCCAUCAGACACGGGCACGACUAUGUGAUGGUCCCUCUCUCUCUGCGCUUCCUCAAUGUGACUGUGGCAGAGACAGAGUUCACCUUCUACAACUGCAGCUUGGUUCAGCAGCUCUCAGGACGCAGGCCGUGCCAGGGCUGUGUGAGCAGUCGCUGGGGCUGUAACUGGUGCCUCCAGCAGCACGUCUGCACCCACCUCCUCCUCUGUGGACAGGGCCUCAUGAUCUACAACCAACACUUCAAUCCGCCCGCACCGACCAUACCACCUCCACCUCCUACCAGCAAAGCAACAACAAGGCCUACAACUGCGACACUUCCUACUACUACUACUGCUGCUACUACAAUCCUAAUGAGCUCCGCGACUCUGCCACCCCCAAUAACAAAAACUACAGAAGCCACGGAAGCUACAACCGUUCUCCUCCCAGAACCUACAACCCAGAAUUCCAAGUUAUCGUUUACCGCUACUUCCGCAAUCGAAAAGUUUCUGACUCAAGCCACAACAAGUGUCACGGCGACUCUCACAAACCUGGAGGAAGAGGCCACAGCUGCAACAACUACAUUACCCAUCAGCACUAGCGGCCACGAAGAGUUGAAGUUUCUAGAUCCUUCUGGUGAAGCCGUGGGGUCAACUUCCGGUGUUAGCCCGACUACGUCCCCAGAAAUCGUCAUUUUGACUGAUUUUAGGACCGUAGUUGAUGGUCCGGGUGGUGCGGAGGUGUCGGAAGGGACGGGAGCCGGGGUGAUGGAUUGGGACAAAAGCGAAGAAGAAGAGGAGGAAGAGGAGGAGGAGGCAGUUUCCCACGUUUAUGAGCCACCACUUCAUAUCGAACCCAAAUCAGACACGGCAGCGGAUUAUCAGUCAGAUUCUUCAGAUAAGACGUAUCUGCGGGAGUGUCCGUGUGUGGAUAAGGUCCAGGACUCAUCUCUUCUUCCGGUGAAUGUGGAAAGAAAAAUCACUUUGGUGGGACAGCACCUGCACUUGUUCCAGGAUGAUCGUUUUCAGUACGAGUGUGUGUUGGAUGUGGAGAAUCACUCCGUGGUGGUGGAGGCCUCUGUGGAGCAGGACCAGAACCAGCCCACGGUCUUCUUCAUCACCUGCCAGCCCCACCAGUAUGCCUAUUCCUCACUGAUGGAGGAGUACCAGGCUUCUAUCAAUGUGCGGCGAAAGAACCACUUCCUCAUUGACAGUUCUGAAAAUCUGCAUGUGACCCUCUUCAACUGUUCCGUUGGCCGUUCAGACUGCAGUCGCUGUCGGACGGCGGACCAUAAGUACAGCUGUGUGUGGUGUGGGGGGGCGCAGUCCAGAUGUGUGUACGCAGACUCCUGCUCCCAUGAGAUCAAGCACUCCUGCCCGGCCCCUGUCAUCCACUUUAUGGACCCAGUGUCCGGUCCAGUGGAAGGCGGCACAGUGGUGACCAUCUCUGGCUCCAACCUGGGUCAGAGAGCGGAGGACAUCCAGAACUCUGUGACUGUCGCUGGAGUGGCCUGUAACGUCAUCCACAGCAGAUACCAGGUCUCCUCCAGGAUUGUGUGCGAGACGUCGAGCAGCGGAGAAGAAAGGAGUGGCCACGCUUCUGUAAGAGUGAGAGGCGGAGGAUUAGGCCUGUCGCCGCAGAUCUUCAGCUUCCAGAACCCAGUGUUAAGCAGCAUAUACCCACAUAAAGGCCCCAAAGCCGGGGGUUCCUCUGUGACCAUCAGGGGCCAACGGUUGCGGACAGGACACCCGAGUGAAGCCAGCGUCCUGAUUGGAGGAGUGCCAUGUCUGAUGUUGAAAAUCCUGGAUGAGGAGAUCCAGUGUGUGACCCGGGGUAGUAACAGAACAGGAGAACACGCCGUUACUGUCAGAUUUGGAAGUGCAGAGCGACACCUGCUGGGCCUAGUCUAUUAUUACACCGCCAACCCCAACAUCACCAGAGCAGCCCCUUCCAAGAGCUUCCUCAGCGGUGGAAGGAUCAUCCGAGUGUCUGGUCAGAACCUGGAUGUCGUCCAGGAGCCGAAAAUCCGAGUGACUCUGAGCCCACCGGACACGCUUCCGCCGCGGAAGAGGCGCAGUGUGGUGCGGAAGAAGGACCGCAAACAUUUCCAUAAGAACUCGCUGAAGAGGUGGAGGAGGAUCGUCCCGGAGGCAGACUGUCCUGAGGGCGCCCUCUGUCGGGUCAAACAGACAGCGGCCGAGGUCUCCGGGUCCGAGGUCUCCGGGUCCGAGGUCUCCGGGUCCGAGGUCUCCGGGUCCGAGGUCUCCGGGUCCGAGGUCUCCGGGUCCGAGGUCUCCGGGUCCGAGGUCUCAGUUUCCGAGGUCUCAGUUUCCGAGGUCUCAGUUUCCGAGGUCUCAGUGUCCGAGGUCUCAGUGUCCGAGGUCUCCAGGGACCGAGGUCUCCGUGUCCGAGGUCUCCGUGUCCGAGGUCUCCAGGGACCGAGGUCUCCGUGUCCGAGGUCUCCAGGGACCGAGGUCUCCAGGGACCGAGGUCUCCGUGUCCGAGGUCUCCAGGGACCGAGGUCUCCGUGUCCGAGGUCUCCAGGGACCGAGGUCUCCGGGUCCGAGGUCUCAGUUUCCGAGGUCUCCGUGUCCGAGGUCUCCAGGGACCGAGGUCUCCGUGUCCAAGGUCUCCAGGGACCGAGGUCUCCAGGGACCGAGGUCUCCGUGUCCGAGGUCUCCAGGGACCGAGGUCUCCGUGUCAAAUGUCUCCAGGGACCGAGGUCUCAGUGUCCAAGGUCUCCGUGUCCGAGGUCUCCGUGUCCGAGGUCUCCGUGUCCGAGGUCUCAGUGUCCGAGGUCUCAGUGUCCGAGGUCUCAGUGUCCGAGGUCUCCGUGUCCGAGGUCUCAGUGUCCGAGGUCCGAGGUCUCCAUGUCCGAGGUCUCCGUGUCCGAGGUCUCCAGGGACCGAGGUCUCCGUGUCCAAGGUCUCCAGGGACCGAGGUCUCCAGGGACCGAGGUCUCCGUGUCCGAGGUCUCCAGGGACCGAGGUCUCCGUGUCCGAGGUCUCCAGGGACCGAGGUCUCCGUGUCAAAUGUCUCCAGGGACCGAGGUCUCAGUGUCCAAGGUCUCCGUGUCCGAGGUCUCCGUGUCCGAGGUCUCAGUGUCCGAGGUCUCAGUGUCCGAGGUCUCCGUGUCCGAGGUCUCAGUGUCCGAGUUUGAGGCUCGCUGCACGGUCAACAGUUCAAGUCUCAUCCUGUGUCCGACUCCAGCGGUGGGACCAGAGGCCAGGCGGGCCAAAGUCAAAGUGCACUUCCUUCUGGAUAGCCUCCACUUUGACUUCAGCGCUUUGGGGAACGAGGCCUUCAGCUACGAGCCCAACCCCAGACUGUAUCCGCUCAACCGCAACAACCCUAACAAGCCCUUCCACCACAAGCCAGGCAGCAUCAUCUCUGUGGAGGGGGAAAACCUGGACCUUGCGAUCUUCAAGCAGGAGGUGGAGGCUCGUAUCGGAGAAGGCGUCUGUGCCGUGAAGACUCUGACCCAUAACCACCUGUACUGUGAGCCCCCGUCACAUCUGCCCUCCCGGACCUCAGGGAACAAACUGGACCUGGAGGGUCUGCCCGAGUUCACGGUGAGGAUGGGAAAUUUGAACUUCUCCCUUGGCCGAGUGCAGUACGACAGUCAGGCCCUGUCCACGUUCCCCCUGGAGGCUCAGGUGGGGGUCGGGGUGGGGGCUUCCAUCGUGGCCCUCAUUGUCCUCAUCAUAGUGCUCAUUUACAGGAGGAAGAGUAAACAGGCCAUGAGAGACUACAAGAAGGUGCAAAUCCAGCUGGAGAAUCUGGAGACGAGUGUGAGAGACCGCUGCAAGAAAGAAUUCACGGACCUGAUGACAGAGAUGAUGGACAUGUCUAGUGACCUGGUGGGCUCCGGGAUCCCCUUCUUGGAUUACAGAGCCUAUGCAGAGCGCAUUUUCUUCCCCGGCCACCAGGAGUCGCCCUUGAGACGAGACCUGGAUGUUCCUGAAUCCCGCAGACAGACUGUGGAGCAGGGGCUGGUGCAGCUUUCCAAUCUUCUCAACAGCAAACUCUUUCUUACAAAGUUUAUCCACACUUUGGAAGUACAGAGGACAUUUUCCCCGCGGGACAGGGCAUAUGUGGCUUCUCUUCUCACUGUGGCUCUGCAUGGGAAACUGGAGUAUUUCACUGAUAUUCUCAAAACAUUAUUAAAUGACUUGGUGGAGCAGUAUGUGGCCAAGAACCCCAAGCUCAUGUUGAGGAGGACCGAGUCGGUGGUGGAAAAGCUGCUGACAAACUGGAUGUCCAUUUGUCUGUACACAUUUUUGAGGGAGUCUGCGGGUGAGUCCUUCUACAUGCUGUUCAGAGCCAUCAAACACCAGGUGGACAAAGGCCCAGUGGAUGCAGUGACUGGGAAGGCCAAGUACACGCUCAACGACAACCGUCUGCUGAGAGAGGACGUGGAAUAUCGCACUCUGACCCUGAAUGUAGUGGCGCCCGCCCCGACAGGAGGAGCUACAUCUCAGACCGUACCCGCCAAAGUGUUGGACUGUGACACCAUCACGCAGGUGAAGGAGAAGCUCCUGGAGCAGGCCUGGAAGGGGACCUCCUUCUCUCAGAGGCCCCACAUAGACUCUGUCCUCCUGGAAUGGCGUGCAGGAGUGGCGGGUCACUUGAUCCUCUCAGACGAGGACUUGACUUCAGUGGUGCAGGGCUCAUGGAAACGCCUCAAUACAUUACAGCACUACAAGGUUCCUGAUGGAGCAACAGUGGCUCUUGUUCCCAGAAAUGUCAAGCAUCAGGUCCAGGACAGCCACGACUACAUGCCUGGAGAGAAGACCCCCAUGUUGGACGACGGGGAGGAGGGCGGAGUCAGACUGUGGCACUUGGUCAAAGCCAACGAGGACGCAGAGCUGCCCAAACACCGCAGGGGCAGUCUGAGAGAGAGGGGGGGGGAACGGGCCAAGGCCAUCCCUGAGAUCUACCUCACCCGGCUGCUCUCCAUGAAGGGCACUCUGCAGAAGUUUGUGGAUGACUUGUUCACGGCCAUCCUCAGCACCAGUCGCCCUGUGCCUCUGGCCGUCAAGUACUUCUUUGACCUUUUGGACGACCAGGCGCUUCAGCACAACAUCAGUGACCCAGAGACCAUCCACAUCUGGAAGACCAACAGUUUGCCUCUGCGGUUCUGGAUCAACAUUCUGAAGAACCCUCAGUUCAUCUUUGAUGUCCAGACGUCGGACCAUGUGGACGCCGUGCUGUCGGUCAUCGCUCAGACCUUCAUGGACUCCUGCACCAUCGCUGACCACAAACUGGGACGGGACUCUCCCAUCAACAAGUUGCUUUACGCCAGAGACAUCCCUCGCUACAAGCAGAUGGUGGAGAGAUACUAUGGAGACAUCAGACAGACCAUCUCAGCCAGCGACCAGGAGAUGAACUCUGCUCUGGCUGAACUUUCCCGGAAUUACGCUGCUGAGGUCAACUGUCUGGUGGCCUUAAACGAACUGUACAAGUACAUCAACAAAUACUAUGAUCAGAUCAUCACUGCGCUGGAGGACGACCCCACGGCUCAGAAGAUGCAGCUGGGAUACAGACUGCAGCAGAUCGCAGCAGCUGUGGAGAACAAAGUGACCGACCUAUGA